UACCAAUGCACUUAUCCUUGUUGAUCUGGUUCACACAUCUGAGGGCAGACAGUUGAGGAUGGGUGACCAAAAAUGGGUGAUUUUGUUGCUCACACUUUUUUCUGGGACAGUGAAGGUGUCAUCCGAGUGCUUUUGUCUUUCGAAGAAUCUCGCUGUUGGAGCUGCAGCGGUCCAGUCUUCCACAUACAAUUAUUUAGGAGCUGCUCAAAAUGCUGUCGACGGGAAUAGUGAGUCAAAUUACAUGCUCGGGUCCUGCACGCACACUGCAGGGGACAAUCCCUGGUGGAGAGUUGACUUGAAGAAAGAGUACAAGAUAACCAGGGUUAGUAUCACUAAUCGAGGGGACUGUUGUGCAGAGAGGAUAACUGGUGCUCAGAUCCGUAUCGGCAACAGCCUGGAAAAUAAUGGCAACAACAAUCAGCUGGCUGCAAUUGUUGAUUUCAUCCAGUCUGGAAAAACAAAAAUCUUUGAUUUUAAGCCUGUUAAGGGGAGAUUUGUCAACAUUUUUCUGCCUGGGGAGGGAAAAUACCUCACUUUGUGUGAAGUUCAUGUAUUUGCAGUAAAGGAGACAUCAGAUUGCUCUUGUGUUUCAAAGAAUCUCGCUGCAGGAGCUGCAGCUGUCCAGUCUUCCACAUACAAUUAUUUAGGAGCUGCUCAAAAUGCUGUCGACGGGAAUAGUGAGUCAAAUUACAUGCUCGGGUCCUGCACGCACACUGCAGGAAACAAUCCCUGGUGGAGAGUUGACUUGAAGGAAGUGCACAUGAUAAACAGGGUUAGUAUCACUAAUCGAGGGGACUGUUGUGCAGAGAGGAUAAAUGGUGCUCAGAUCCGUAUCGGCAACAGCCUGGAAAAUAAUGGCAACAACAAUCAGCUGGCUGCAAUUGUUGAUUUCAUCCAGUCUGGAAAAACAAAAACCUUUGAUUUUAAGCCUGUUAAGGGGAGAUUUGUCAACAUUUUUCUGCCUGGGGAAGGAAAAUACCUCACUUUAUGUGAAGUUAACGUAUUUGCAGCAAAGGAGAUGCCAGAGUGCUCUUGUCUUUCAAAUUAAGUGCAGCAAGAUGAAGUUACACUCCAGUCCACUCAUUCCUUGAGGAAAAAAGGGACAAUAAUUUCUAUACUUAUAUUGCACUUAUUUCAUUCUUCUACUUUUUAAAUGCAUAUAUUAUCCUUAAGAGCUGAUUCAAUGCAACUUAAAGUAAAAGUUUUUUUUAAUGCCUUGACAAAAUGUGCUGUAAGUGAAAAUUGUUACAUUAUGCUGAGUAACUAAACAUGUUUUUACAUGGGGCCGGUUGAAUUAACUGCCUAGACUAGCCUUAAUUUUGUCAUCUAAUUUGCUAAAUGCUAGUUGGUCAAACUAGUUCUUAAGACACAGUCCUAAUGGCCGUUUAUGCAACUGACCAAUGGUUAUCCAGAACUGGUGAUUUUGAAUUGUUAUCCAUUACACUUUUGUUGGGCUACUUGUUGCAGAGUAAUAUACUAAACACAGCUCUUCCAUCUUUGCUUUCUACAUGAAUAAAGAAUGGCUAAAGCAUGAAA